AUGGUAUUGAGCGAUAUAUUGCAAGUGUGUGCUGGGGCUGUCUCCACCCCACAACUUGUCUCUUCACUCGACCCCUCCAACAGUACUAACAAUCCACAAUGGCAGUCUCUUCAUGUCUCGCAUCAAGCUCACACAAUGGUGUCACACGAGUAG